GUUCAGUUUCUCGGAAUCUCAAACAAAAUAGGGCUUUGUUUUACUCAGCAAUUCGUGAUGGAGUCGCUUCUAAAAAACCUCAAGGAGCAUGUAACAUGCUCGAUUUGUUUGGAUACUUACACCAAACCGAAGACCAUUGCUUGUCUUCAUACGUUCUGCUGUGAAUGCCUGGAGAGACAUGCACUAACGAGCCAAAAACAAGGGUUUUAUCGAUGCCCCGAGUGUCAGGCACAAAUUGGCAUCCCUGAAGGAAAGCGUUUUGAUAAUCUGCCGAGCAGUUUUCUGCACAACAGUUUGUUGAGUCUUCUCGCCGUUCGACGCAGCGGCGAGGGAAAUGAAAUCAGCUGUAGUACAUGCCAGAAGAAGAGCGCUGAGAUCAACUACUGCUUUGAUUGCGAGAAGUUUAUGUGCCCAGACUGUGUGAAAGCACACGAAGUGUUUCGAGAAACUUUGUUUCAAGGACACAAAGUCACACCAGUGCGACAGUUUCAAGCCACAGACUACGAGGCGUUGUUGAAACGGCAGUCAUUUUGCUCCGUUAAGUAUCACGAGAAAGAAGUAACAAAGUUUUUCUGUGUGGGCUGUCAAAGCUGCGUGUGUCAGAUUUGCAUCGCCACUGAUCACAAGAGCCACGAUGUUGUUCCGCUUGAAAAGGCAGCGGACGAUGAAAAAGCAAACAUCAUUGCCAGAGCAAAGCUGGUCAAAGAGAUGAAGGAGGUCUGCCGAGGCGUUAUUCGUGAAUUUGAGAACACGGAACAUGAGUUGGAAACGAACAUUACCACAGCUAAACGCCAAGUUUCCCAAGCAACCGAACAGAUGAUGGGAAAGCUUCGCCAACUACAACGUGAAGCCAUUACUGCCCUAGAGAAGACUCGCGUGUCAAGGAUUGAGAAAUUACAUUCUGGAAAAGCAUCGGUUGUCUCUUUCGAAAAGCAACUUGACCAAGCAUUUGAGUUCAGUAACAACCUGGUUGAAAGAAGCUCAAGUUCAGACAUAAUGCAAAACAAGAAAAAUGUAGAAGAACGAAUCAAAGACCUCAUCGAGACCACAAUGCCUGCACUUCCGGUUAGCUCGUGUGUGGAGUUUGUGUCGACAUGUGAACCAGAGAGUUUGAGUCUGGGAUUUACGAAGUUCAGCAAGACAGAUGU